AUGUAUGAGACCUCUGACACAGAAGCUGGCGCGUACGAGCAUCAUUACCAGCCUCGGGAUAAUGGCCAGCCUUGGGAUUAUGGCCAGCCUCGGGAUAAUGGCCAGCCUCGGGGUAAUGGCCAGCCUCGGGAUAAUGGCCAGCCUCGGGAUAAUGGCCAGCCUCGGGAUAAUGGCCAGCCUUGGGGUAAUGGCCAGCCUCGGGGUAAUGGCCAGCCUCGGGAUAAUGGCCAGCCUCGGGAUAAUGGUCAGCCUCGGGGUAAUGGCCAGCCUCGGGAUAAUAUCCAGCCUCUGGGUAAUGGCCAGCCUAGGUAUAAUGGCCAGCCUCGGGAUAAUGGCCAGUCUCGGGAUAAUGGCCAACCUCCCUCAUUGUUUCAACGUUCUGUGUUUCAAAGUAGAUUAACAAAAGAUGUGCAUGACGAAAUUGACAUUAACUCUUUCUCUCCUAAUUGA